AUGAAUAUUUUUUUGGGGGACUCUCUGAAUUUCUAUAGUAUUUAUAUAGUGGACACCCUUAAAUGGGAGACAGACGCCGCCCUCCAAGUUGACACACUCACAUCUAAGGAAACCUACCGCGCCGAACUCGCAUCGGCGGUCAGGGAAACAUCAGAAUCUCUGGAAGCACUCAGAAUCGCAUUACAGCAGCAAACGAAAGAGAACGCCAACAGCGAAGAACUGGCCACAGCCGCUAAGGAAAUCGCGAAGGCCGGAGCCAAACCUGGACAGACUCUUGAGCUAGCCAAGCAUUUAUCAGAAUUGCUACUCACUGAGUGCGACGCGACGGAAGAGGAAGCGAUGCUGAAGGACGUAGAAGCAUUGUCGUUGAGAUACGAAGAUCUUCUCGCUCAAGCGAAGAAGCGAGAAUUGCAGAUAAACAACCUGAGAACCGAGUAUCGUUUGCAGCGAGUCCGGCUGCCUGAUCGUGCUCCGCUCUGCUCGGAGCGCAACUGGAAACAACUCGACAACGACCUCUGGCGCCUGGAGCAGUGGCUGCAGUUCGCAGAGGCAACGGAAGAGUCGCGCACGGACCCGCCCGAACAGUACGACGCACUCGAAGACGCUAUACAGGACCACCGAGAAUUCCUCCUCGAUCUGGACUCGCACAAGUCGAUCGUGGUGUCGCUGAACGUGGUGGGCAGCCACGUGGCGGCGCACGCGAGCAGCGCCGCCGACGAGCGCGUGCGCGCGCGCCUCGCCCGCGCCAACACGCGCUGGGACCGCGCCUGCGCACGCGCCGCCGAGCGGCAGCGCACGCUGCAGCACGCGCUCGUGCACAACCAACAGUUCCACGACAUCGUCGUGGAGCUAGUCUCCCGCCUGGCGUCAGCCGAGCGCGGCGUGCGCGCGCGCGAGCCGCUGCGGCUGUCGCGCCCCGCCGACGAGCUGCAGCGCGACUUCCGCCGCUUCAGCGAGCUGCGCGACGAGCUGCAGCAGGCCGAGCCGCGCGUGCUCGCGCUGCACGACGCCGCGCAGCUGCUGCGGGCCGCCGACGCGCCGCCGAACGCUGACGACAUCUGCCGCAGACUGGGCGAGCUGCGGCUGCGGAAUUAA